GUCAUCGUCAUUGUCGAAAUGCCGCUGCUACGCAAACAGCCGUUUCAGCGGCUUCACGUCUCCUCGGACUUUAGGGACGACGACGAGGUGUACCACUGCGAGGUUACGAACGAGAUAUUCAAAAACUACAAUGAAUUUUGCGAGCGAAUUAUCUUGUGCAACUCCCUUAUAUGGUCGUGUAGCAUCACAGGUAAAACUAAUAUGACAUUUGAAGAAGCUUUACAAUGCGAAGAAAAUGCAAAGAAGAGCUUGAAAGAAUUUCCAAUGGAGCUGAGAAUCCCUAUACUAUACCUUGCUAGUAAAACAAAUAGGUCUUCUUUCAACGAGAUGAUUGAAGACGUUUACCAGUUUGCGAGAGAUCGCUAUUUUGUAGGAGAGAUGGUAGAGGCUAGCUUUACUGAAGAUGCUUGGUGUAAUUGUCACAUUCUUCAAGUUAUCGUACCUACAGAACAACAAGUUAAGGCAUAUAUGAAUGAAAAUGGCAGUCUACAAGAACAUUAUUAUCAUCCACCAGCGAAGUUAUUUCGCUAUGAAGUAGAACAAUUAGAUUCUGGAGAUUCUGACAUCAGUCAGAUUAUGAUAGUAGAAGCAUCUCAGGUCAGAAGACGAAAACAACAUUACAGUAGAGAUCGUAAUAAGAUAUUUCUUCGUCAACUCUCUGAACAAAAUGAUAGUGGUAUAUGGAUCGUCAAGGAAAGCGUUUUGGAAAAAUACGGAAUUGGCAAAGUACGUUUUGAUACCAUAUUUGCUGGAACACUCCCAGAUUUUACAGUACGUAUAAAGAAAUCCGUUAAGCAAAAACAAGAAUCUAUAGAUAAAUUUCUUACCUCGAAUGUAUCGAAAUCAAAAAUGGAGAAAGUGGAUCCUCUGAAAAAAAUGAAUGAUACUAGUGUGAAAAAAUAUCGGAAGCCAAGAAUGAAUGGUAAAUUCAAAGAAGAACUUAAAGCAAAAGCCUUGGAAGAGAAAGCGAAACGUAAAGAAGAAAGAGCGCUAAAAAGCGAGCAUAAAAAAGAGAGAAAACAAAAGUUAGCGGCUUUAGCUGCAUAUAUGAAACGAUGGAACAAACCAAGAGAAGACCUUGAGUGUGAAGAUCUUAGCCCCAUUCCUGAACCUAUUGUUAUUAAGUGCAACAUACCAAACGAGAAGUUUGGAGAUUUUGUUAUGAUAUCGGAAUUUCUUGAAUUUUUUAAUGAAGAAUUAGAGGUGCCUGUAUAUUUUUCGGGAGGUUUUAAUUUGGAAUUAUUAGAGAAGGCGUUAUUGACCAAAGAAGCAUCUGGUCCUUGGAGCGAUCUUUUGCAACUGUUAUUGUCAAAUAUAUUUAAAUACCAAGCUGGAGAAGAUAAUGAGAUUGAUGCGCAAGCAUCUACUUUAUUGGAUGACAUUAAUGCUUAUGAAGAUGCAUCAUCGAUGGCAAAAGCCAUUAAACUCGCUACAAUGGCUUCUAGAUGGUGCCCCACUUAUCAAGGAUGUAAAUUAUCAGAGCUCACAUUGGAUCAUGUAACUCUGAGUGAGAUUUUGAGACAACAUUUAUUAAGCUCUGGAGGACGUAUAAGCGAAGCCGCUUCAAAAUGGCGAUAUUCUCAAAAAGGUGGUUAUACAAAUUUUGAUGAACCAGCUCUCCUUUUGAGGCUACAUGAAGGCUAUCUUUUGCGAUUGUUAGGUCAUCGAAAUGUCUGCGAGCUUGAGUUAGACGACAAAAUAAAGGUCGUCAUAUGUUUGAUCAAUCAGUUGCUUACGUUCGCAUCAAUACGCGAUGUAAUUGAGGAGAGAUACGAUAAAUUGCAUCAAGCAAGAAGAGAAUUAAAGUUGUUCUUGCUUGCUGAACAGAAAAAAGAGAAGGAAGAGAAAGAAAAAAUGCGAGAACGCGAGAAGGAAGGAAAACUUGAGGAAGAAGAACCGAAACCGAAAAAGAUCACCCGUGGUAAUUACGAGGAAGAAAAGAAAAAAGAAGAAUAUGAAAAUAAACUAAAGGAAUUGCAACAAGCGUCAAGAGAUGACAAGAUGAUGAUUUAUUUGGGUGCAGAUAGAGCUCAUCGAAGAUAUUGGAGAUUUAUAUCUAUACCAGGAUUAUUUGUGGAAAAUGAUGAACGUUGGCCUGGAAAUUGUCUUGCUGAAGGUACUCCACAUCAUCCAGAGUUGCAAGACAAGGAAGCAACCUAUGCAUAUUUAAAAAAUAAAUUUGAGGAUGAGUUUAGUGACAAAGAAAAUAGUUUCAAAAAAUUAAAGAAAUCACCCAAGAAACUUCUAUCCAUGGAUAAAAAUGGUGUUAAAUCGCCACGGAAAGAAUCAAGUCCUCGAAAGGAAUUUAAACAAGAUCUCACCAACAUUAAAAGAAAUUUGGUACUAUGUACAGGAGAUAAAGAUUGUCCUGUUCAUUGCAAAAGAUCACCAAUAAAAUGGAGCUUUUACGGAAAUCAAAAGGACAUUCAAGCACUAAUAGAUAGUUUAAGUACAAGAGGUGUCAGGGAGAGUGAACUUAGAAAUAAUCUUUUACAAGAAAUGGAUAAUUUGCUACUCGUUAUUGAUGAAUGUCCUAAACAUAGACUAAAUCCUGAAGUUUUUUCAGAUUCCAAUAAAGGACAAGUCAGUAAAGCAGUUAAGAAAAAUAAAUAUGAAAACGCAAACUUAAACUUCCCUUCUGAUAUGCCUAUCGACGACGUAAUGGAAUUAACUUUGAGAGAUCAUAUUUUGGACUUUGAAGACAAAAUUAAUGCAGGUUGUCUAGGAUGCCUUAAAAUUAUUGAUCGUAUUGUCUGGAGAGAUGCGAUCAAUAAGAGAAGUUAUGACAAACAGUGUGACAAAUUAAUGUGUGCUGGUAGUGAGAUAGAUAUAGAUGCACCACCUAAUGCUCUUUUAGACAAGAUAAAGAACGAGUCUAAACAUAGUAGACCCGGUACCCCCGAUUCCGAGGUUGGAAGUAUUAGCAUAAAGACUUAUAAGGAUCCAGGAAUGUAUUUAGGUUUACCUGGUGACGAUGAAAUGAUGCUCGAUCAAAGGCAACAGGCGACUAUCAAACAAUUAGCUUGUUCCAUUUUGCAAUUAUCUCACGCUAUAGAACAGAGGUACUUACAGAGACCACUAGGGCCCGAUCAAAAGGACAAAAAAUGGUCGGGCGAGGAGGCACGAGAGAGAUGGGAACAAUCAUUGAUAGCAUCUACGAACUGGUCACAGUUGUUCGUUCACUUAAGUACUUUGCACAAUAGCGUCGCGUGGGAUAGAAGCGCGUUAAACGCUCAGUGUCGUAUAUGUCGAAGGCGUAGGGAUGCGGAGAACAUGUUGCUUUGCGAUGGGUGUAAUAGGGGACACCAUCUCUAUUGUCUGAAACCAAAACUUACUGCUGUACCAGCGGGAGAUUGGUUUUGUACAGCAUGCAGACCACCGGAGAUAAAACCCAAAGAAAAGACUCAAAAGCGGAAAAGAUUCGAGGAUGAGAUCGAAGAAGAGACGAUGUUAACCAAAGAGACGCGACAAAAUCGCGCAAAGCGCAUACCGUAUAGUGACGACGAGGGUGACCAAGAGGGUGACGAUGAAGAUGACGAAAGCGAAAAAGACAUAAAUAUACGAUUAGAAAACUUAUGUGCAUCUUGUAAAAAUGGUGGAAAAUUGAUUGCUUGUGACACAUGUCCAAAUCGUUUUCACUUAGAAUGCGUAGAACCGCCAUUGUCGAGAGCUCCUAGAGGCAGAUGGUCUUGCAUCAAAUGCAAAGAUAAAAAAAAGAACACGAUAAAAGUGAGGGGGUGUGAAAGAGAAAGAAACAAGGAGAGGCUGUGCGCAGCAGCAGCACGCUCUCGCAUCCAUGGCUUUGCUAAGAGCCUCCUCACUACUGAAUCUACAGACUGGGACGAUAGCAGUACAUCGGAUGACACUGAACCGAGACAAACACGGCGUGCGACUAAAAGAGCCGCCGAGAUUGAACAAGGAGAUAAGAAUUCCAUUAAGGGAUCUAUGAGUAGAUUGCAAGAAUUAUUGGCCGAAAUCUGGCAUCACAGAGAUUCGUGGCCAUUUUUAUCACCUGUUAGAAAGGACGAGGUUCCAGACUAUCACGAUAUCAUCUCCAAUCCAAUGGAUUUUGGAACUAUCAAGUACAAACUCGGAAACGGCGACUACGAGUCACUAGAUAAGUUCUUUAGCGAUUGCCAGUUGGUUUUUGAAAACUGUGGAUUGUACAACAAAGAACAUAGUACUGUCUACAAUUACGUAUAUAGUGCAGGGAUGCGAUUACGCAAGUACUUCGAGAAACGCUGCAAAGAAUUAGGCUUGAAUUUCGAUGACGGAUUUUUCCAAGAAGAAACUAGAAAGAUUAAGAGGCCAAGAUUGAGCAGCGAUGUCGAAGAAAAUGGUGCGUCGGAAAGCGAUGAUGACGAAAGAGAAGUGCAGAAGAAAAGAUAGAAGAAUAAAGAAGAUUAAAUACAUAUACAUUAUAUUUCAUUACGAUGCAUACUCAUGAAAUUUAAAUCUAGAGCCGCUCAUAUUUUAUAUAUUUUGAACUCAACAUAUAUGUGGACUUGUAUACCGAUAUUGAGCGGUUGAAAGAUUCUGUAUGUAGCUUGUAAAUUAUAUACUUCGAUCCUUUCAACAGAGUAAUAUAAAAUUAUACCGACAAAAAAAAUUGACGGAAUAGUACAAUUAUGAUGAAUUAUAAGAGUUUAUUUUACAUAAUCACUGAUGCAAAUGUACGAAAAAAAUUGUUUUUUUUCUACGGUCGAUUUCUUUGAGGCUUGUAAUAAAGACGUACACACAGUAUUAUUUGCAGGAAUACAUGUAGCCGCACAUACAUAUACUUUUAGAUGUAUCGCGCACUCACAGAACAUUUCAAAAUGAUGACAUACAGCUCAUUACUAAUUUAAACAAUAACAAUCUUAUUUUUAGACCGUACCAUAUGAGAAACACAAUUAAUAAUAGA